AUGCCGUUGCCAGUUCCUCCGCCGCCAUGCGCGGGCGACACGCUGUGCGAGGCGGCGGUGAAGGUGCUGCGCACGGCGGACCCCUGGAAGAAGGCGGAGUACGGCGACCUCGCGGCGCAUCUUUGGGCCACCGGCGCCAUUCGCCACGCUUACGCAGAUCGCGCCACGCGUCGGAACGGGAGCCUUAGCAGCGGGAGCGAGGAAUCCCGAAGCGCCGGGUCACAGGGAGAUGCAGAUGUGGGAGCAGCGGGUAGCGAGGAGGAGCAAUGGCUUAGCGUGCCGGACCGCCCUGCUAGAGACGAUACCGUGCGCGUGGUGGCGGCGCGCGACAUGCCACGGCGCGGCAAGGGCGGGUCGCAGCAGAGCCGCGUGGCGCUGCUGCACAGCCUGGUGCACAUCGAGAGCUGGGCCGUCGACCUCGCUUGGGACAUCAUAGCACGGUUCGGCAGCGCGCAUAGCAUGCCGCGCGCGUUCUUCUCGGACUUCGUGCGCGUGGCGGAGGACGAGGCGCGCCACUUCCGCCUGCUGGCGGCGCGCCUGCAGGCGGUGGGAUCGCGGUACGGCGCGCUGCCCGCGCACGACGGGCUGUGGGAGUCCGCCGCCGCCACCGCGGGCGACCUCAAGGCGCGCCUCGUCAUCGAGCACUGCGUGCACGAGGCGAGGGGCCUGGACGUGGUGCCGCAGACGAUAGAGCGGUUCAGGGCGGGGGGGGACAGCGAGACAGCGGAGCUGCUGGAGCAGGUGGUGUACCCCGAGGAGGGCAAGGUAAGGGCUGAAAGAGAAGGCGCGGCAGGGAGUGAGGGUGUAGGUGGUGCGGCAGAGCAGGGUAUGGAGGGAGAGGAGGCGAGUGCAGAGGAGCAUGCAGCGAUCGUGGCAGAGUUCCAUGGCAUUGUGCGGCAGCACUUCCGUGGCAAGCUCAAGCCGCCCUUCAACCACGAGGCACGCGCUAAAGCCGGGCUCACUCGCGACUGGUAUGAGCCGCUUGCGGAGUGA